AUGUUCCGUCAGAUGAGAGAAGCACUAGGAAUCGACAGCUCCGUCGAUAUCCUCCACCACAUCCGCCAACUCCCCACCGAAGAACAACCCACAGCCGUAUCGAAGGUGCAAGCAGUAGAGCGCCGAGCCAUGGCCGACCAGCAGCCGCAGCCCGGCCUGGUUCUCCUAAUGGACUACCUUGAAUCCCGCGGCGUACGACGAGCGCUCUGCACACGGAACUUCGAAGCACCAGUCCAGAACCUGAUUGACAAUCAUCUCAACGGUCAUGUCUUCCUACCAAUCAUCACGCGGGACACGCCAAAUCUCCUGCCCAAGCCUGAUCCCGCCGGCAUUCUGCAUAUUGCGAGUGAAUGGGGUCUUGAUGAUGGUCGGAAUUUGAUCAUGGUUGGUGAUAGCAUUGAUGAUAUGACGGCUGGGCAUAUGGCUGGCGCUGCGACGGUGUUGCUUUUGAAUGAGCAUAAUGUGCAUUUGAAGGAACAUCCGCAUACGGAUCUUUGCAUUAAGCAGCUAUCUGAUUUGAUCGAUGUUCUGGAGGCAGGAUUUGUCGGGACUAGAGAGAACGAUGAGCAUGGCGCGUGA